GGCACUGACUGGCAUCACUGCUGGGCACUGACUGGCGGCACUGACUGGCACAACCGCUGGGCACUGACUGGUGGCACUGACUGGCAGCACUGCUGGGCUGCACUGGUGGGUGGCACUGGUGGGCAGCACUGGUGGGUGGGCACAGGUGGGUGGCACUGGUGGGCACAGGUGGGUGGCACUCGUGGGCACAGGUGGGUGGGCACAGGUGGGUGGCACUGCUGGGCACAGGUAGGUGCACUGCUGGGCACAGGUGGGCGGAACUUGCGGGUGGCACUGCUGGGCACCGAUCAUCAGGGCACUGAUCAUCAGUGCCCUGAUGAUCGGUGCCGAUCCCCGCUCUGACAACUGCCGGUUCUCGGCAGUACUUUCCUCGCGAUCUGACAGCGUGAGGAAAGUGCAGCCGAGAACCGGCACUUGCAU